AUGAGUACUAGCAACCACAACGGCUUUACUAACGGAGCUACCCAUGCUCUAAAUGGCAUCCCUCGCCGAUACUACUUACUGAGGGAUGGAGAAGCUGGGAGAUCGGAAGUGCUAUGGCUUGAACGCUUCGAUAAAUUUACCGCAAAGGUCGGAGCAAGUAUUAAUUGGCACUUUGAGCGUGGUCAAGUUGAAUCUAGCGACGAAGAACUUUGGAUCGCUACACUCUUAGUCAAUGGCCAUCAAUUGGAUGUUCGGGGUCAAGGACGAAAGCAACAGGGAGCAAAGGCUCACCUUGUGGAACAACUCGAAGUUAACGGACAUAUGCUCCUAGCAACGCUUUUCGGUAUAAUUGUUGCCCUUGAAUAUUUGGAGAGGGCGUACGUGAGGGAUGCCAUCAACGCUGCCGAGUACACCCCAGCUUGUACAAGACUUUUAUCUCAGUAUAAGACUAUGCUGAAGCUAGUUGGAGACUCGGUGCCAAGUGUAGAAGAAUUCAUGCGACGGUACAACAUGGACCACCCAGCUGCCCUUCAUCGAGUUCAGGUUGGUGUACCUGCUACUAUUGAACACUCUUCCGAUCAGCAGGGAUCCGCGGAGACUGCCAAAUGGGUAGCCGAGACAACCCAAAGCUUCAUUACAUUUAUGGACGCACUCAAUCUCAAGCUGAGGGCGAAGGACCAGCUACAUCCUCGCUUGCAGGAGCUCAUGACUGGAUAUGCCAGGUUCAAAGACUCGGCUAAGUGGGAAGGGCGAGGUAAGAUUGUCAGCUGGCUUAUUACACUCAAUGCAAUGAAAGCAUCGGAUGAGAUAAGCGAGGACCAAGCGCGUCAGCUUCUAUUUGAUAUUGACCAUGCGUAUCACGAGUUCUUCAGCUCACUGGGAGGAGGAAAAGAUAGCUCUUAG